UCUCCCUCCCAAAGUGAUUUCGGCUUAAAAACCAUAAACCCUACGCAGGCGCUGCAUUCGAGGAAAAUCAAAAUCGCAAACCAAUUUUCAUUCCUCUUCUUUUGGUUCCAUAUGUAAUGCAUCAGAAGAAAUCAGAAAUCCAAAUCGGAACAGAAAGCAUCGGCGUCUCUUCCGAUUUCAAUCCAAUUCCUCAACAAUCCUCCACCGCAGAUUCUUCUUCUACCACGCUGUCGUCGACGGCACCUCCUCAGAUUCUAAUUGUUAAAGACGAGAUUGUUCCUUCCCCUUUGGCUUCGAAGACCCGUGCCCCUUACAAGCGCCCUCUUUUGACCAAUAAUCACCACCACCGGUCUUCGCUUUCGAAGUCGCCGAGUGUAUAUCGAUUCUCAGCUCCGAAGCAGGGGCCACCUUCGGCUUCGUUCUUCUCGGUUUCUCUUGCCGCGAAAUCGGCGGCUUUUAGGAUUCUCCGUCGCUUGCGAUAUCUCCGGGUCCACCUCCGACUCGUGCUCCUCCUCUCCCUUCCGUUAUUCUAUUUCCUUGUCUCUCAUCCUUCACACUCUUUUCUCCUUGAUUUCCUCUCCGCGUUUGCCUUCUCUGCUGCUCUCUUGUUCUCUUUGAAUCUCGCUGUUCCGCGACUGCCCUCAAUUCGUUUAUUCCUCUCCCGGUCCUUACCUUUCCCUAUCAAGCUCACUUCUGCUUCUUCAGCAAUAUCUUCCUCGUCGAGGCUCCCGGUGUUUUGGUCAAUUGGAUCAAGGCCGAAACAGGAUAAGAGAUUGGAUUCCGGGUGCUUCGUGCAGGUUUACAGCAACGGGGACGUGUACGAAGGGGAAUUUCACAAGGGGAAGUGCUCUGGAAGCGGAGUGUAUUAUUACUACCUGAGUGGGAGGUACGAGGGCGACUGGGUUGAUGACAAGUACGACGGAUAUGGGGUGGAGACGUGGGCUAGAGGUAGCCGGUAUCGGGGGCAAUACAGGCAGGGGUUUCGGCUUGGAUACGGUGUUUAUAGAUUCUAUACAGGGGAUUUGUAUGCAGGGGAGUGGUCUAAUGGACAGAGCCACGGGUGUGGAGUGCAUACAUGCGAAGAUGGAAGUAGGUAUGUUGGGGAGUUCAAAUGGGGUGUUAAACACGGUCUUGGCCACUAUAAUUUUAGGAAUGGAGAUACGUUUGCUGGAGAAUAUUUUGCUGAUAAGAUGCAUGGUUUUGGCAUCUAUCGCUUUGCAUAUGGGCAUAGGUAUGAAGGAGCUUGGCAUGAGGGUAGAAGACAGGGCCUUGGGAUGUAUACAUUCAGAAAUGGGGAAACCCAAUCUGGUCACUGGCAAAACGGAAUUCUUGAUGUCCCAAGUACACAAAACACCACCCUUCCCAUUUCUCCUGUUGCUGUCUAUCAUUCCAAAGUACUCAAUGCAGUUCAGGAGGCACGCCGAACUGCAGAGAAAGCUUAUGAUGUGGCCAAGGUCGAUGAAAGGGUCAACAGGGCAGUAGCAGCUGCUAACCGAGCAGCUAAUGCAGCUAGAGUAGCAGCAGUUAAAGCAGUUCAGAAACAGAUGCAUUAAACUACUAGCACCGACGACAUUCCAAUUCAAAAUUGGUGAGACCUCUCGCAGCCGCUGAUACUUUAUUAGUGCAAUACCUACGAUAGAAGAAGGGCAUGCUGCAUGCAAAUUUCCUUUUCCCUGUCAUCAUCGGCAAUUUCUUAUGAGGCCUCAACUCAAUAGGACUUAACAGGUGUGGCAGGAGAGAUGGCAUUUGAGAAGUAGAUUGUUUACCCUUUUCUACUCUGAAAAAAUGCAACACAAGGAUUCCAGCCUUUAGAGGAUGAUGGUUGACAACGGCAGUUGCAUCAAAAGUUCAAAAGUACUUGGUUUUUGGCUUUUGAAUUUCUUUUAAGAGUUUUGUAAAGAAGGGCUUAGAUGUAAUCUAAAUGCUGGAGGCCGAGUUAAACCGCCAACCAGUCAUUGGUGUAUUUCAACUUUGUAAACACCAGCAAUGAAAAUCAUUUGAGAUAAUAUUUUACUUUUCCA